ACGUGGUCACAAGUUGUCAAACCUAGUCAAGGCUUUUGUCCCUUUGUCAGCUGUAUCUGCUACUUUGAUUGCUAUCAAAAUUUUUUAAAAAAGAAGGUUUUUAAAAAUCAGCCCUGUGGGAAGAAGAGCAGAGAAACCAACACCGGGACUACUAGAAACUCUACUCCUCAGUGGGACCCUGCUGUCAGCAUGACGGAGAAGCCUCCGCUGGACUGCAGCGAGGGCAGAACCUGGAUGGAAGAAAGCCAGUCUCAGACUCAGCUUACAGCUGUGGAUGGUCCUGAUGGAGUUGAGACAGACGACGGAGACCGUCCGGCAUGGGAUUCUAAGAUCCAAUAUGUUUUGGCCCAGGUGGGGUUCAGCGUGGGGUUAGGGAAUGUGUGGAGGUUUCCAUACCUUUGCCACCAAAAUGGAGGAGGGGCCUUCAUGCUGCUGUAUGUUUUUCUUUUGCUGGUUGUGGGGGUUCCACUGUUUUUUAUGGAGUUGGCGGCUGGCCAGAGCAUUCGACAGGGCAGCAUUGGUGUAUGGAAACACAUCUCCCCAAAGCUGGGAGGGAUUGGCUACUCCAGCUGCAUGGUCUGUUUUUAUAUGGCUUUGUACUACAAUGUUAUCAUUGCGUGGAGCCUGUUCUACAUGGGUAACUCUUUUCGGUAUCCUCUGCCAUGGGAGCAGUGUCCAACUGAUGUAGCCAGUAAUGGCACAGUAGUGAAAGAAUGUGCAGGCAGCUCCCCGACGUCGUAUUUCUGGUUUCGGAAAGCUCUUAACAUCACAAAUUCCAUUGAAGAAUCUGGAGGGUUUAACGCCGUCAUGACGGGCUGUUUAUUGGCCUCUUGGGCAAUUGUUUCCUUGGCAAUGAUAAAGGGCAUCAAGUCUUCUGCAAAGGUGAUGUACUUUUCCUCUGUUUUUCCCUACGUGGUGCUUUUUAUUUUCCUCAUCAGAGGGUUACUGUUGGACGGUGCCGUGGAAGGAAUCACCUACAUGUUUUAUCCUAAACUGGAAAUCUGGGGUAAUCUGCAGGUGUGGCGACAGGCUGCUACACAAGUGUUUUUUGCCCUCGGCCUGGGUUAUGGCUCUGUUAUCGCGUACUCCUCCUACAAUCCAGUCCACAACAACUGCCACAGGGAUGCGCUGAUGGUCUCCUGCAUCAACUUCAUGACAUCUGUGCUGGCCUCACUAGUGGUUUUCGUUGUGCUAGGUUUCCGUGCCAAGAACAUUGCACUGCGCUGCGUGGCUGAAAAUCUUGGUGUAUUAAACACAAUGGCAUCCAGUGGAUCUGACCAGCACUGGUGGCCAUGGUUCAACAUGACAGAUGCAAGCUCUGUGACUAUAGAUGAGUACAGACAGUGGUACCAACACUACAGCUCCAUGGUGGGCCCUAAAAUCACUGACUGCAGUCUGGAGCAGGAGAUGAAUAAGGGUGUCGAAGGGACAGGCCUGGCAUUCAUAGCAUUCACUGAGGUGAUGGCAUUCUUCCCAGCCAGCCCCUUCUGGUCCACUUUGUUUUUCCUCAUGCUGCUCAACCUGGGCCUCAGCACCAUGUUUGGAACCAUGCAGGGAAUCCUCACACCUCUCAUGGACAAUUUCAGCCUCUUGGGGCGCCACCGGACCCUACUCACGAUGUCCAUCUGUGCUGUGGGGUUCCUUCUAGGAUUACUGUUCACUCAGUGUUCUGGCAACUAUUUUGUGACCAUGUUUGACGACUACUCUGCAACCCUGCCCUUGAUCAUUGUGGUCAUUUUUGAAACCAUUAGUGUGGCGUGGGUUUAUGGAACAGAUCGCUUCUUGGAUGAUAUUGAAGUAAUGCUCAAAUGGCGCCCUCCAGUGGUGUACAAGUACCUUUGGAAAUAUGUUUGCUUGCUGUCGAUGGUCACUCUUCUGGCAGCCAGUUUGUUGCGCAUGAUCUUCAAACGGCCCACGUACACCGCCUGGAAUCAGAGCACGGCUUCAGAGAUGACCCUUGAGUACCCUGGCUGGGCCCUGGUUAUGAUCAUCAUGCUCAUACUAUUUGCCAGCUUGCCUGUACCUGUUGGCUACAUCCAUUCCUUCGUGAAGAACCGCCGGGUCCGUAGCACUCCCUCCCAGGAUGAGGUUGGCCAGGAAAUGUGUCGUGAGUUGUACACCAAGUGCAGCUCCACUGAGCAGCUUGAUUCCCAUUCUCGUCGAGUCCCCUCUGAAGAAGAUGAGGUUCAUCCCAGGCCCGUCUUCCUUUCGGUGAGCAACGAACACUACCAGCUCCUUUCCCAGCAGGAGGACGAUGACGAGGAGCAAGACACAAGGGUGUGAGCAUGGUGGUCAGAAGGAAGUUGCUUGUAAAAGGACAAAAUACAGCUAUGAAGAAAAAUACAAAGACUAGAAACUAAAGCAAGUAGAGGCAUGAACAGCAUUAGCCUUGGGUUAUAAAUCUUUAUAUUCCAUAAACUGUAAAGCUUUGACAAGCCAAAGUUGUUUUAAAUCUGUAUUUAUAUCGUGCUCCUAGUGCCUCCCUCCAUUUGUUUUCUGAACCAUCUUUGCUGUUCAGAAGAUAAAAAGAGUUGUAUUUAAAAAAAAUGAAGAUGAGGCUGCUGUAUUUGGUGAGACAGUUAAUGGAAGGAUUUGGAGCAGGAAACAUAUCUAACACGUUGGCGUCAGUCACAGCUUUUCUGUCUGGUGAAUUGUGGAAUGCAGCAACUCAUGAAAAUGUUCAUAUGAUUUUUUUAGCUACAGUAAAAGUUAAAUAUGUAUUUGCAUGAAAACAUUCUAGCUUGAGAAACUGUGAUGUGUUUGCAUGUGUAUGUAUGUGUGUGUUUAAAUGUUGUGAAUCAAGCUGGUUUUGAAAUGUAAUUUUUUCUUUUUUUUUUUUUUUGUAUUCUCACAAUUUUACCUCAGAAGACAGAUGUUUGUACAUUUGU